AUGACGAAGAAAAAAGAAGUUGCUGAUAUGGAUCCACUGUAUAAUAAUUUAUCCUCGGAACCAAAAAAUUUCUUAGACUGUGACCGGUCAAAACCGGAUGCAUUUAAUACUGGGCACAGACAUAAAGAACUAGAGCAACUAUGUAGAUGGCUAUCGGAAGUACCCUAG